AACGCCGCCGCGCAGCUGAUGCGCGGUGACGUCACUAAACAAAGCCAUGCGCGCUCGGCGGAGCGCGAGUCCGCGAGCGGAACAGAGCGAAGUUGCUCGCCGAAGGCAGCGGACACGGCCAAGGUGCGUCUCUCGGAUUCCCAGUGUUAACGGCGAGUCGACUCCCGUCGUCGGUGUCGCCCUCGGCCAAGGGAAACCUUCGCGCGUCCCCAGGAUGCCGUUCAUAUCCAAGGACUGGCGCAGUCCGGGUGAAGAAUGGGUGAAAACGGUCGAGGGCUGGGAGAAGAAGAAGAUCCUCGAGUGCGCCAACAACAAAACUCUCUCUCUCUUAUUAGCCGGCGAGAAAGAUGCCGGCGACAAGAAAGAGAAAGAUAAGAAGAAAGAAAUCGCCGUCCAACCACAUUGUCACAUCACACUGAAAUGCACACGCGAGAUCGCCGGCUUCAAUGGCCUGAGUGAUGCCUUGAAGAGGCUGGAUUUCCUGUCCGCCGUACACGAUUGCCGUCGAUUUAAUUACAUCGUCCGUCUCCUGGAUCUUCUGGUUAGUCAUAGGAUGGGCGGUCUCAGUGGAUGUGCCCAGAGAGUGCUCUUUAACAUGCUCGAAGAAGUAGCUCUGGAAGUGUCACUGUCGCAACAACAGACGGGAAGACUGCGGCGCCUCAUAGAGAGAGUCCGAGCCUUCAGUGCCGGUUGCUGUUGGGGCGGCAGACCUCUGGGUUCCGUUCUCCUAUGGGAAAAACAUAAGGCAGCUUUAGAGAGAAUCUUGCAGAUCGCCUCAUCUAUUACCAUCACUCAGCCGGACGAGCAACAACAACCUCAGUGGUCGGACCUGCCGCCCGAAUGUCGACGAGAAGUCCUCUUACGUCUGAGCGAUCCGCGAGAUAUCGAAGCCUCGUCCGAGGCCUGUGAGCACCUCGCUGUUUUGGCGCAGGAACAAAGAAUCUGGCGCGAGCUCGCCCAGUAUCAUUUCACGCCGCAGCAGAUUGCUACCACCACGCAAAACAACCCUGGAAAAGACUGGAAGACUAUAUUCACUAUUGCCCGAAGGUCGUUCGGAUUGCGGGAGGAGUACGCCGAAAUGAUACAGUUAUGUCGCAAUUGUCGUUGUUUGUUUUGGCGGUCGCUUGGUCAUCCUUGUAUCGCGGAUCAGGAUCCGGCGUUUCAAGAGAAACUGGCGGAUGUCGAUCAAGCGUCCCUCCACGUACCGAUUCCUCCGCAGACUUUCCUAAAAUUCUUCUCGCUGUGAAAGCUUUCGCGAUACGAUUGUAUUGUAAGAAUGCUCGGAAUGUAUGUAGAGUGUACAUGUAGAGAAAGAGCGGAAGCGAUGAUAUAACCCGCUAUUGCGAAUGUUGAGAGGAAGAGAGAUUCUAAUGUUAUCUUCUGAAAAAUAUAUUUAAUUCGAGAUACUCUCAAUAUGUAUACGCUAUAUGAGUCCGAAAGAUAGAGAUCGAUAUUAGGAAUAGAUUUUUUUCGAGAAGUUCGAUAUCGAUUCUGCUUUAACAAAUAUCUUCAACUGGAGGCCUACUGUUGUCUGAUUCAUGAAUAUUUAAAGAACUGAUAAGCCGCCCAGAGUCAGAAAAAUACAAACGUUAUUCAAUGUACAAAUCGUUAUCUUUUAAAGUUUAUUUGUUUUUUAAUUAGUGAUUCACUCAGAUAUUGUCAAGGGAAAAUCGAUUCUAAACUCUCUCUCCUCUCUCUGUGGUUACAUAAGUAAUAUUUUCCAGUAUCAAUUUCCAUUUUGUCGGACUCAUUUUGUAUCUUGAUCGAGUGAUUGGUACUUUCUGGUCAAUGGAAUCUUCUCGGUGUACAAGAUUCCCGAUCUGCUUUUCUUUGCUUUGAGAUUCCUAUGGCGUGGAUACGCAUUUUAAGAAUGAUAAGGGAAGAUUUUUCCAUUAUCCUUCGAGUUACGGUUGUAGAAAAUAGGUACUAGUCGUAUAACGUUGUUUGCGGUAAGAAAAAAGUCACGCGCGUCUGUUCAAGAAAAUCGCAUAAGGAUUUUAUCGAUUUACGCUGACAAGCUUUCGGUGUUCGAAGCGAAUAAACGACUACGUGUGAUUUUGCGGUAGCACUCCUUGAGCUCCACUGAUUUUUCGCUGAUAAUAUCAGUGAAUAAUCGAUUGAUAAUACCCCAAAUAGCAAAGAUACAUCGUUAGACGUCAAAAUGACGUCUAAUGACGUACUCUUGCUAUCUGGGACCUGUCUUUAUUGAUUUAAACAAUAUUUGUUAUGCUAACAAAAUGUAUUUCGAAGCACAUAUUAUAUAUAUUUGACGUUUUACGCGCGAAAAGACAUUCUCCAUUUUGACACGAAGUGUUAUUUGGAACAAGCUCAAUUCCAAUUAAAAUAGAAUUUUAAUUUUCUCGUAGUUGCAUUUUCGUGCGAAUUAUAAAAACAUUUUUUAAAAUUGAUUAUUUUUCCUAUAAAAUAUCAAUGAAGACAAUCUAUUUGAAGAAUAUUUUCUUCCUCGGUCCGUUACAGAAUCAUUUUUCCAACAGUGCACACGGGAUAUGAAUAAUAAAAGCCGUUAUAUCGUAAGUAAGCGCGUGUUUAAAAUACGAUGCGUACUUAUCGAUGCAACGGAGAACAUCUAUUUCCUAGACGAACGUGUUUUUGGUGCUAUUUGCAGCUCUAUUGCAUUUUGAAUUUACAUUUAGAUUUAUUAUAAGCAAUGUAAAUUUUCGUAUAACGUCCAACGGUGGAUUAUAUAUCGCGCUAUUUAUAAUCAUUGCGCGCGUCGACUUUUAUUUUAUCAGAUUGUAUACAUUUUACUAUUUUUGUGCAAUAUUCUUAUGUAUUGUAUUCUUUCCAUAUCCUUUUUCUGUAGCAUUAUUUUACGAUGCAGUAACGUGAAGUGUAACAAUGUAUUCGCAAUUUUCGGCCAAGUUAUUAUAGAAAGAUCCCAGAGAUCUUUUCUCUGAUCGUAGAACGAUAUCGCUAUCGUGAGUUUCAAGAGGAUAUAGUUCAACAGUCGUCUGGAUGUUGUGAUGAAGAUGUACAUUAGGUAACUUACAAAGUACAAAAUGUAAUCGUCAUUAUCAAUUGCGACCGCAGAAUAAAUCGCAGAGUCCUGUCGUCGCCUAUACAGGGUGUCAUAGUCGAAGCAAUACAGAGAUAUAACAUAUUUGAACUUUCACAUUCUGUAUGUUCGUUUUGAAAAAAAAAAGAUUCUAUAUUUAUAUACAAUUAUUUAUCGCGUGAGUUUGUGCGCAUACAUAUUCGUUUAGCUAUAACAAUAUAAUGUGGAUUACUAAACAAAAAGACCUAAGUUACGAUAUGAUAUGUAAGAAAAAAAAGGAGAAAUUAUAUAAAAAUUAUACUGCCAAAGCGGAUGCUAUUGCAUUUACACGAAUCGAUACGUCGUUUGUGUAAAUUUCCGUAUAUAGCGACGAGACGUUUUUUUGAUAUUUGCUGUUUUAUUAUUAGCGAAAAACUUAAAUUUACUGCAUGACUUAAAAUAUACUAACCUAGUCACUAAAGAGAGAAUUAUGACCAAAAUCGCAGUUUGAGCGCAACAUUAAAUGUGUAAUAAGCUCGAUUUGAGAAAAUUCUGGCAGCUCACACUGUGUACAUUAAUUCAACGAACUGGUCUCUGUAAGAUAUACAUAUAUAAAGCGAUCCUAUGAUCAGAAUUAUUUUACUUACAAUAAGCAGAUGUGUAGAAUGGUGUUGUGCAAAUGCUUCAAAAUAAACUUUAUUUAAAUAUAUAUAUA